AUGAAAAGCGUGUUUCAAAACAAAGAGGCGCUUCAUGAAGUUGAUAAGCGAGUGGCUAGAUGGCUAAUGGAUUGUAGGAUUCCUUUCAAUGCGGUUAUGUCAUCCUUUUUUCAAGAUAUGCUGGAUGGUGUAGCUGGCUUUGGGCCUGGUUAUAAAAGUCCUUCUUAUGACUCUUUGAGGGUUAACUUAUUAGUCGAUAUCAAAAGGGAGUGUCAAAUGGUUGUUGAAAGCUAUAGGUCUGCUUGGAAAGAAACUGGAUGUACUCUCAUAGCUGAUGGUUGGACAAAUCAAAGACAAAGAACGUUGAUUAAUUUUUUGGUUUAUUGUAAGAAAGGGUUGUGCUUUGUGAAAUCUGUAGAUGCCUCAAGUAUGGUUAAAAAUGCUUCAAGCUUGUGUGACUUGUUUUCAGAGGUGAUUGAAUGGAUUGGACCUGAUAAUAUUGUUCAUGUAGUGACCGAUAAUGCUGCGAAUUAUGUUGCUGCUGGUAGACUUAUUAAUAAGAAAUUUGAAAAUAUUCACUGGUCACCUUGUGCUGCUAAUUGCUUGAAUCUUAUCUUAAAAGAUAUAAGCAGCAUGCCACAUAUUUCUAGCCUUGCAACUCGUGCUUCGAAGAUUACCGUGUUUGUGUAUAAUCAUUCGGUAUUCUUGUCUUGGCUAAGACAAAGAAUUGAUUGGAGGGAGAUUGUUCGUCCAGGUGCAACUCGUUUUGCCACUGUCUUCCUCACAUUGAUGAGUAUCUUUGAGCACAUAUCGCAUUUACAAUCAUUGGUUGUUGAUCCACACUUUACCGGACACAAAUUAGGAAGGACUGCUAAUGGUAAAGCUGUGAGUGUAAUUAUCCUAGACAAUAAAUUUUGGGAUGAUUGUUUUACUGCAUGCCACAUUGUGAGUCCGUUGAUUAAAUUGCUGAGGUUGGUAGAUGCCGAAGAUAAACCAUCAUUGGGAAUUGUUUAUGAAGAGAAGCACCUGAGGUCAUGCGAGCUUUACUUGCAUUGCAAGGUUAAUAAUUUAGAUUCAGUUGAGGCAAUGAAAGAAAUACACUUAUAUAGAGAUCAAAAGGAAAACUUUGAUAGGCCUGAAGCUGUUCCAGCUGCAAAAAAACUUCAACCUGAUGAAUGGUGGACGUUGUUUGGUAGUUCUGCUCCAUGUUUACAAAAAAUGGUAGUUCGCAUUCUUAGCCAAGCAUCUGCUUCUUCAAGAAAAAAAAGAAAGCAAAAGUUGCAAUAUGAUCCAAUCGAUAUUGAAACUAUUGAUAAGGUUGAUUUUUGGGUAACGGAAGAGGUUGUUGAAAAAGAGCUUGAUCUUCCAAGUAAUAUUGAAGACUUACUUGAUGAGAUUGAUGCUAAUUUAGAUCUAGGUGGUGGUGGUGGUGGUGGGAGUACUAGUACAUUUUAUGCUGCACCACUUGCUUUUUCUGGUCCAAGUAGUGGAAAUGAAGGUGAUGAAAUCAAUGACGCAAAUCUGCAGCAAGUUAUGGAGAAUUUUGAUGAUUGA